CUCCGCAAAACCAUCAACCCAAUCCCACCGUCCCAACCCUUGUGCCUUUAACGAUUCAUCUCCUUCCCCAAUUCACAACUCCCCUUUAUGGCUUUAUCGAGGAUUGAAUUGAAGAUGAAGGGCUCUCAAUAACUAAGCCUUUCUUCUUCCUCUUCUCUAUUUUCUUUUCUUUCUCUUCUUCCGAGUUUCGACAAUGCCAUUGGAAGGUAAAUAGAAGAAGGCAGGAAAGCUCACAUAUUUCGACUUUCUGGCAAGGAGGUCCACAACAAUUACAGUGGUGAGGAAUGGACAAAGAAGGACCUCAAAUUGUACAGGACAUGGAGGGGCCUCAAAAUGAAUCUAUUGUUCUGAAUGUGGAGGCAAUAGCUUCCCAACCUCAACCUGAUCUGGCUCAAGUCCCUCAAUAUGAUGUUAUUCAUGUUGUUGAUGAAGCCCCACUUGGUCCUACGUCUAGUAAGGUAUUCUCGGAGUGGUGGAAACACUACAACAAGGUAACCGUGGAUGUCAAGCCAAAAGCCGAGUGUAAGUAUUGCAAGAAGAAUCUAGUUGGAUACCUAUCACAAGGAAUAACUCAUAUGAAGAAUCAUUACUAUCAGUGUCCUAAGGUGAAGCGGCCUGGAGAUAUAAAACAACCACUAUUGCAAGAAAAUCGGAAUAAGGAUAAAUUUCAGUUGACGCCAUUCAACUUUAGUCAAGAGAACUCUAGAAAAGAACUGGCUAAGGAAAUUAUAAGGCAUGAGUACCCUCUCUCGAUCGUGGAGCAUGAAGGUUUUAGGAGUUACACCAUGAGUUUGAAUCCAUGCUUUAAGAUGGUAUGUCCAAACACCAUAAACAAGAUUUUGUUGGCAUUUAUGAUUCAAUGGAGCUUUUGAGGAAGAACGAAGCUAGAGUGCAUAGUUGUCAAACCGGUGGUAUGCCGGCCGGUUGAACCAGGUCCAACCGGUGCCGGUCAUGAAACCGGCUGGAAUACCACCGGUAUUUUGUUGUGGUCAACUACGGUCAAUACCGGUCAACACCGGUCAAAACCGAGAAUUCCGACGGUUCAACCGGAAUGUUAAGUGCCAGUAUCUGAAUUCUGGAGACAUACUCCGUCGUCCUCUGCAAAAUCCUCAACUGCCCCGC